GGUCUUACUGUCAACCAGGCCAGAGUGCAGUGAAGAUCAUACCUCACUGCAUCCGUGAACUCCCGGGCUCCUCCCACCUAAGUCUCUUGAGUAGCUGGGACUUCAGGAGACUGAAGCCAAGGAUACCAGCAGAGCCAACAUUUGCUUCAAGUUCCUGGGCCUGCUGACAGCGUGCAGGAUGCUGUUGGAACCCGGCAGAGGCUGCUGUGCCCUGGCCAUCCUGCUGGCAAUUGUGGACAUCCAGUCUGGUGGAUGCAUUAACAUCACCAGCUCAGCUUCCCAGGAAGGAACGCGACUAAACUUAAUCUGUACUGUGUGGCAUAAGAAAGAAGAGGCUGAGGGGUUUGUAGUGUUUUUGUGCAAGGACAGGUCUGGAGACUGUUCUCCUGAGACCAGUUUAAAACAGCUCAGACUUAAAAGGGAUCCUGGGAUAGAUGGUGUUGGUGAAAUAUCAUCUCAGUUGAUGUUCACCAUAAGCCAAGUCACACCGUUGCACAGUGGGACCUACCAGUGUUGUGCCAGAAACCAGAAGUCAGGUAUCCGCCUUCAGGGCCAUUUUUUCUCCAUUCUAUUCACAGAGACAGGGAACUACACAGUGACAGGAUUGAAACAAAGACAACACCUUGAGUUCAGCCAUAAUGAAGGCACUCUCAGUUCAGGCUUCCUACAAGAAAAGGUCUGGGUAAUGCUGGUCACCAGCCUUGUGGCCCUUCAAGCUUUGUAAGCCUUGUGCCAAAAGAAACUUUUUAAAACAGCUACAGCAAGAUGAAUCUGACUCUGGCUUAGUAUCUUUCUCAUUACAAUAGGCACAGAGAAGAAUGCAACAGGGCACAGGGGAAGAGAUGCUAAAUAUACCAAGAAUCUGUGGAAAUAUAAGCUGGGGCAAAUCAGUGUAAUCCUUGACUUUGCUCCUCACCAUCAGGGCAAACUUGCCUUCUUCCCUCCUAAGCUCCAGUAAAUAAACAGAACAGCUUUCACCAAAGUGGGUAGUAUAGUCCUCAAAUAUCAGAUAAAUAUAUGCAUUUUUGUACCCCAGAAAAACUUUUCCUCCCUCUUCAUCAACAUAGUAAAAUAAGUCAAGUCAAACAAAAUGAGAACACCAAAUUUUGGGGGAAUAAAUUUUUAUUUAACACUGUAAAGGAAAGAGAGAGAAAACAAGCAAAGAUAGGUAGGACAGAAA